GCUGAAAACCGAGUUUCGAAAGAUUUCUUACGAAUGCAAAGAAAAUGCAAUUACCGUGGAUUCUUUAAAGGAAGCCAACCAGGACCUUAUGAACGAAUUGGAUGAGCUAAAGAAGAGUCUGGCUGAUGUCAAAUCGGCCCAUAAGGACAAUGUCAAUGGCGAGAAAGAAAGAAAGAAGGCCGAAAUGAUGGCUGAAAUGAUGUCUGGAUUUGAUGCAUCUGGUGAAAUUAAUGAAAAGAAGCGCCAAAUUCGUGAUGCUAUAAUCAAACUUGAUGGUGAAGGUAGUGGAUCAUUGUCGAUCGAAGAUCUGGUGUCUCUUCGUCGUGAUUUGGAAGAUUCCAAGGUUCUUUUGGAACAACACUCAAAGACGAUCAAUAUCCUCACCAGCGACAAGGAGGUCCUUGACAAGAAAAAGGCCGAAUUGGAUCAUAAAUUCGGUACCCUUGAGAAGGAAUAUGAGGAAUUGCUCGACAAGACAAUUGCGGAAGAGGAGGCUCAGGUGCAAAACAAUAGCGAGUUUGCCAACACAAUUACUACAA